AUGAGGAUAUUGGCAGUGUUAUGGACAGUAUGCCUAGUAAGGCUUUGUAGCGCAGGAUCUCUUUGCUGUUUUAGAGGAAGUAAAACGGAUGACGAUGAAGUUACUGAUCAAGCAGAACAAGAAAGCUCUAAUGAAGUCUCUACGGAGAAUCUCAGAGCAGUUCCACCUCAACCAACUGAACCUAAGGAAGAGGAUGCUACAGAAGCUCCUCAGUCUGUUCCUAGUGAAGGAUAUCCACAGGAAUUAGAUGCUCAGUCUGCUGGACAUGUUGACCCUACUCCCAUUAGUCUAGACCUUGCCAGUCCCGAUAAGGACAAGUCUCAGUCCUUCGACUAUUACUUUGGUACAAACGCAGUUCAACUCAUUGUUCCAAAGAAGGGUGUUAGUGUCUCCAAGCUAAUGAAUGGAACUGAAAAUAUCUACACUCUCUCAUCCGAGGAGACAUUCCAAUAUGCCAAAGUUUACCUCAAUAAGGACGGUAAACCUGAACUUGCGUUGAUUACUCUCGGGACAUCUUCUGGUCAUUCACAGAAGGCGUACUCCAAGAAUGGAAGUAAAUGGGAGCCUUGCACUGAUAGUAACGCCAAGAUGAAUGGUUUAAGAACCCCUACCGGAGCAAAGCUCUGUACUUCAAUUGAUCUUUCAUUAGAAACUAGCACUGACAAUUGCACCAUCUUUGAGGUGGACCUUCUUGGUGUCAAAACUAGACAACUUUAUCCUAAGCUUGGGUACCUUGCCACAAAAGUUAUGGACGCUAAUAAGGAGCUGUGGGAAUGUUCAAAAGGUUCGAAUGCCUGUCUUUCUUGCCUUAUUUAUAAACAUGGCAAUAAUGAAGUACUGGAGAUACUUGUGGUAGAUAAUGACUCAUUAGGGUAUAACUAUUUUGUAAAGAAUGACAAGGAAUGGAAGAAUGUCACUAAGGAAGACUUCUUAAAGAGGCUUUCUGAUAUGAAAAAGGGUAUCGCUAUUCCGCCUCCCAAAGAGCCUUCUCAAGAAUUUCCUAACCCUACUACUUCGACCUUAGUACCUCAUGAAGAGCCCACUACUCCAUCUCAGUCUGCGGUUCCUCCUAGUGAACAACCUGGAGCUAAGAAGAAAGCCUCUCAGCCAUAUAUUAUUGAUUUAAAUAGCACGAAUGGGACAUUUUUAAACGACGAAAAGAUAGAACCUAGUCGCUACUAUGAACUCCGGGAAAAGGAUGUUCUAAAGUUUGGUCAUUCGUCUCGGGAAUACGUUUUAAUGCACGAUGGACCAAUAGAUGCAUAA